AAUUAUGGCACCAAAGAAAAAGGCAUAAAAAAAAGAAACUUAACCAAGUAUCAUUUUAUCAUUAUUCUAUAAGCCAAAAAAUAACCAGCCAAAAUAGAGAAAGUUCAACCUGCUCCUAUACCUCCUAGUGUGGUCUAAAAUAAACCGAAGAACAUUAAACCGGACUUCUAUUUUGUGAUUCCUCAAGAUGAAGAAGAGCAUUAUAGAAGGGAAGUGUACCAAAGAAGAGAAAACAGGAAUAAAAGUUGCAUAGAUAUGAAUGAAAUUAGACAGUACAAUUAUAAUUAAAAGGAGGGAUAAUUUCGCGCCUCAAGAGAUUCCUGUUAUUAAUAAGGUAUCUUAAAAAAUUGUGAUUGAGUAAGAAUGUACCAAUGAUUCCUCCCAGUUAUUUACACUAAAUCAGUCGGAGUUGCCUACUUGUGCCUCAAGACAAUUAAAUAAACCUAAGAUAUUAUCCAUCAAACCAAAGAAAUUAACUAUGACUGUUAAACCUCAAGAUGAUGCCAUGGACAUGGAAGAUGAUUGGUAUGAAGAACUUAACAAGGAUAUCAAUCAUACAAAGCAUUUCCUACUAGGAGUUCCAAAAUAAUAAUCAUCUCACAAUGAGAAAUCAUUGACAACAGAAAGGAAUUCCAUUACAAAAAACACCAAGAAAAUGGAUCUUGAUUUACAGAUUGAACCUACUCAAACUUAAACAACUAUUAAAUUGACUAAGGCCAUGAAAACAAAAUUAGAUUCCAUGAAUGAAUGCUACAACUCACUACUAGAAGCCACAAUUCCAGAAGAAAUCUUAUGUAGAGAUUAAGAAAAGGACUUGAUCACUAAAUUUAUCGAAGAUGGAAUCAAGAACAAUGGCUAAUCUUAAGCCUUAUGUAAUAUUCAUAGUUAUUAAUCUUAGAUAUAUCUGGAGUCCCAGGAAUUGGUAAGACUGCAACUGUUAUGGAAGCUUAAAAGAAGUUAUCAACCAAAAAAGAUAACUUCUAAUUUAUCUAUGCCAAUGCAAUGAAUUUUGGAUUGCCAGACAACAUUUACUCUUAUUUAUUAGAAAAAAUCACUACUAUAAAGGAUGCUUCUAAAGCCUAAGCCUGCAUUCUACUAAGUAUUAUAUGCUUAUUAUACAAUUAGCUGAACUAUUCACCAAGGGUUCUUUACCUGCUACAUACAAAGCUUAUGAAAAAUUAGUCAUCAAAAAGAAUAGGGUUAUUCUAUUAGAUGAAUGUGAUAAUCUUUUUACUCCUGAUUANUUAUAUGAUGAGAGUCUUGAUUUAAUGAAUCGUAAAGCUUAGAAAAGACAAAGUGUUAAAAUAUGGAAAUGA